AUGCCUCCCAAAUCAAAGCCUGAUGACCACCUUGUGUUCCUUUACCUGUGUCUGGUGAACUCUGCAGGCGUCAACAAUAUCGACUUCAGUGCCGUGGCCGAGGCUACUCACAUCAACGUCCCUGCCGCGCGUAUGCGUUGGUCUCGCUUGAAGGCCAGAAUUGAAAAAGAGAUGGCAAUCGGCCCCGAGGAUACCAAGGCGGGCGAACCGUCUGCCGUGUCCCCAUCGGCUGCGUCCACACCUGCCGCCUCUCCCGCGAAGACCGCAUCGCCUGCGAAGAAACGCGGAGUGAAGUGGAAGAAGAUCAACGAGCCUGAAGAUGACGGUGUUGCUCAAAAUGACGGCGAUAACAAGGUUCCCGCGCAGUCAAACUAG